UCGAUCGCGUUUUCGUCGUCGUCGUUUAGUGUACCGUGUUCUGCGUGAGUGCUCGCCGACGCCGUCAACCGUCGUCCAUUACGCCGAGCACGAACACGCGCGCGCCCGCGCACAUAAGGUAGGUCGACUCGUCUAGAGAGUUUGACCGUCGUCGUGAUGGCCGCCAAGAGAUCUGUUUCGCCCGGACCCAUUGACCUGAUGAAGGAAAUAAUGAGAUUAAUUGCUGAACCAAAUUCGGUCAACAACAAAAAAAGACUGGAAGUUGCUUAUUUCCAACACCCAUCUAAGACGGUUGAUCCAACUACUUGUGAUCUAUGUAGCGAAAGUACAGGAUUCGUAUGCAGCAGCCAGUAUCAAAAAGGCUUAAAUCACCAGUAAAAUAAUCUUAUUUUAUAUUUAUAAUGCAUGUUUUAUUUAAAUACUAAAUAUUUUAUAAUGUUAUGUAAAUAUUUGUGUUCAUGAAUACUUUCCUUGAUGGGCGCUGAUGUAAUCGGAGCCUAUAUAUUAUGUAUCUAUGAUAAUGAUGUAUUCAAUCCUUUCAUUUUUCAGGAAAAAAUAUGAAGCGGUUAGACUCAAGAUUAAUAAAAUAUUUGAUUUUGAAUAUCCGUUCAAUCCAUUUGAAUCAUUCCUCGAAGAAGUACCUAUUCAACGCAAAUACAAUGUUAAACUUCCUGCCAGAAAACAGUUGGAUAAACUAAAAAUGAUUCGUAAGAACGAUAGAUGUGUUGUGUGUAAAAAAGGUGUUCUCCAAGCACGAUUGGUACAAUGUCAUUACUGUAUUCGACUUUAUCACCUCAAUUGUUUGGAUCCUCCUAUCCGUGAUUGGGAUCAUAGUAUGAGAUGGAUUUGUCCAGCACACGAUGAGUUCUUAGAAUUAGCAUAUCCUGACGUUUUCACUCCUGGUCGUGGAUUACUUACUACUAAUAGUAUAACAACAAAAAGGACCCGAUGUGAACUGCCCAGUAUACCUGUAAACAAAUUUUUCAACAUACCCAGUAAAAUUGAUGCCAUGUAUAAAAAGCCAGAAGAUAAUGUUCCAACAACAUCAACUGAAAACUCAUCUUUAAAUAUUUUAUGUGAUGUUGCUUCGUUUGCAUUGGAAUCGAUAAAUGCUGAUCAUAAGAUAAAUGACACUAAUGUUUCAAAUGAUACUUCUGACAAGUUAUUGCAAAAAAGCAAUUCUUUGCCAUCUAAAAAAUGUUGUGCUACUUUAUCUUGUUUGUCCGUACCCUUAAAUAUUUCUGUGCAGAGAGAAGUAAUUACGAUUGGCAAGAGUCAUAAAAAUAAACUAUGUUUGCUACCUUAUGGAAAUUGCGAGUAUAUUUCUGAUUAUCAUGCCACCAUCAGAUUUGAUAAAAAAACUGGAGAUUUUAUCUUGAAAAACCUAAGUCGAUUUGGUGUAAUAGUUGAUAAUGUAUCCUAUUUCGGAAAUCGUAGAAAACCUUCAAACAACCAUGAAUUGAAAAAAGUCAAUUCUGGACUACUAAAGCAUAUAAAUAAACAAAGAAAAACAGUUCAGAAAGAUAAAAUUAUUCACGUUGCCCAUACCAGUGACGAUGAAAAACCAAUAAUCAAAUAUGCUGGUAAAACACGAGGAUUUAAUUACAAACCAAUGUCAAAAUAUUAUUUGAGUAAGUACAAGAACAUGAAGCACGGUUAUAAAAAAGCCCAGUGCAAGUGUUCCAAGAGACUCAUCCAAAAGGAUGGUUACUCUGGCUUUGCUAUCCUGCGUAAUGAGUCAAUAAUAUUAAUUGGUUGCAUGAAAUUUAAAUUUUCGUAUGACGAAGGCAUAUUAGAAAUUCUUAAAGUAUGCACUAACGAAUCUCUCGCUAAGAUAGAAGGGAUAGUUGAAACCAACCCAAUCAAUGAGUCUCGUCCAAAAGGUUUAUCUGAUCAAGAAAACGGCAUCAAUAUAUUGAUAGACACAUUAAAUAAUCUUAAUUCAUUUUCUAUUAAUGAAAAUUGCUUACUUAAAGAUGCAGAUAAUACAAAUUUUUUGAACGAACAAAACAAGUUAGAUUUAGACAAUUCUCCACUUAGUGAUUUUUAUAAUAAGAAAGUUCACUUUGUAUCUGAGGACAUUGUGCAUGAUAAUAAUGAUAUGCAACCUUUGGGAAUACAUGCUUCUGAAACAUCAGCCACUGAAUAUCUAAAACAGUGGAACAUAAUGAAUUCUAUGUCAACUAAACAAUCAUGUUUUGCCAGCGAUUUAAUACAAGAAGUUGAAGUUAAUGAGUCGUCUGAGGAUGGUGAAAUUAUUGAAGAAGAAAUUGUGUAUGAAAUGAAUUAUGUUGAGACCGAUAAUUGUGCACCUGCCCAUAACAAUGAUGAUCAGGAAUGGGAAAUAGAAGAGAUCGUGAUUGGAGAGGAUAGAAACUACAACGAUAACGAACCUGGAAAUUCCACUGGCCUACAGUUGAAAUCAGCAGUUAAAUCUCCUGUACCUGGUUGUAACGGUGAAGACUAUAAGACUGAACAUAUGUAUUGUGCACGUAGUACAUCAUAUGACGAUACUAUUGUCAUAUCAGAUGAUGACGAGGAUGAUAACGAUGAAACCGAUGAUAAUGACGACGGCAAAGAUUAAGCUAUCCUAUAAGAAAGGAAAACCAAAACAAACUAAUGAGUUAUUUCAUUUGUAUUUUCUUAUUGAUUUAUUAAGUUUUUUUUAUAGAUUUCUAAGAUACCAGUAAAGUUUUUUUUUAUUUCUCAUUGUACCUUACCCUAUUUAUUAAUUUGUUAAAUAUAACUAGUGGAAUAUUUUUUUUUUCACUUGAAAUUGUAGCCAUUACCUUUUAUAAUAACCCAAUAUUAUAUUAUAUAUUCGGUUACCUUGUUACUCAGUUUAUUUUAUAUUCCUUUUAUGUCUCAACGGAUAUUAACCAGAAAACAUAAUUGUAUGUCUGCCAUACUUUAUAAUUGUAAUAAAAUCUAUAAAUAAUAUUGUUAUAUCAAAGUAAAAUAAUGAAAAUUAUUAUCUAUUAUUCUAUUCUAUUAAAUAAAUAAUUUAUUAUAAUUUUAUUUAUUUAAAAUAAGAUUUCACAAUAUUAUCUUGUUUACAAGACAAGUGUAAAAUAUUGAUAUAAAAUUUUUUCAUUAGGUCUUAAAGGUAAUAAAUGUUCAUUUAACAAUUUAGAACUAUACUAAAUCUAUUAUUAUUGUCGAAUAAUUUGAUCUAUCUAUGUACGCUGAUUAGA